AUGUCUGUCUAUGGCGGGCGUUUCGACGACUCGCGAACAUCGGUCUCGUCUGCGCGCCGAGAUGGCGGUUACACAACGGUAAAGCGCUACGUGGUCAAGGAAGAGGACACCCGCUCCCCUGUCGGUCGGGACCGUCGGUUCGUCCCCGACCGUGCGGGGGAGCGAGUAGAAGAGACUCGCAUUGUCCGUCGUGAACGUGAAGUAGAUGAACCUCCCCGUCGAGAAGAUCCCCGUUACUCGGAGCGCGAGUUGAUCGUCCGGCGUGAGCGGGACGACGAGCCACGCCGAGACUACGGCUACGACACUUGGCGUGGUGAACCCGCUGCAGAGAGAGAGCUGGUAAUCAGACGGACCACUGAUCGCGAUGAGCCUCGUCGGGACGAUUUGUCAAUUGCAAGAUAUGACGACCGAGGCCGUGAUGCGCGGAUUACCGAGACUCGCUAUCGAGACGACUUUGAAAUCGUGUCUCCGACUCGUCCUUUCGACGAUCGCGACCUCCAGCGUUACAGCCGCACAUCUGAGUAUUUUACUCCUCCGCCCGCGCCGCCGACCACCAUUGUUAUCCGCCAAGAGCCUAUCAUUAUCCGCGAAAGAGUUCGAGACGACGACUAUCAAAUAGUGCGCAAGUCCGACGUCGAAGAGGAGCGCAGCGUUGUCCGUCGAGAACCACCCGCUCGCGGCGAAGAAGACUUCUUUUAUGAGAAAAAGGUUCGCGAGCGGCUCGAUGACCGUCGUGAUGAUGACGAUGAUUACUACGAGCGGCGAAGCAGACGCCGCUCUGUCAGUCCCCACGAUUCCGUGAGUCAGAGAGGUCGUGAUUAUAGCAGCGACGACAGCAUGGUUUAUGUCCGCAAAGAGACGCGCGACGAGAGCCCCAGUCCUGAGCGGCGCAAAGGCCUUGCUGCAGGCGUCGUCGCCGGCGUGGGUGCUGCCGAACUUCUCCGAAACCAUCGGAAGAAGGAAGGCCGCGAGACGUCCCACGGCAUCGGUCGUGUGGGACGAGACAUUGGCGCGGGGGCUUUGGGAGCGCUUGCUGCCGAGGGCAUCCAGCGUGCAAGAUCGCGCCACCGAAGCAAGAGUCGACACCACUCCCGUGACUCCCGGGAUCGCUAUUCUCCACGGUCACGCUCUCGCAGGCGUAGCCGAUCUCGGUCAGAGUCACCGUCGAAAUUGAAAACCCUUGGCGCUGUCGGCCUUGGGGCCGCCGCCCUCGCCGCCGCCGCCGCAAUUGCCUCGAAGCGGAUGAACAAAGACAAGGAGGAGCCUCGGCGCAGCCGUUCUCGGCACCGUACACAAUCUGUCUCCAGUCUUGAGAACGACCCGUCAGCUCCGUCGGACGAUGCUCGAAACCCCAAGCAUCGCAAUAAAAGAAUCGCUGAGGCGGGCGCCGCCGGUGCUGUCGUUGCAGGUCUGAUUGAAAGGGCUAGGAGUAAGUCCAGAGCGAGGGAUGGCAAAGAACGUUCCCGCAGCCGCAUCAGACAAGCCCUUCCCGUUGUUGCUGCUGGGUUGGGUAGUGCUGCCCUCGCCGGUUUAUACGAGAAGAACAAGGCCAAGAAAGAGGCUGAAAAGAUCUCCACGGAGGGGCGUCGUGCCCGCUCCAGAUCAAGAAGCAGAGCCCGGUCUGACGGAUACUAUGAUGGUCCCAGAGAUGCAGCCCUUGCUGAUCCGGGUCUGAUUGAGUACGGCACUGGCCCGAUGUAUGGCAACAACUUUGGUCCCGAUUAUUAUGGUCGACCUCCGCCAGCAGAAGGCUACUACGGUGCCUCUGAUGCAGUCGUCCCCCGCGACCCCUAUACUGCUCAGCGAGGAGCACGGAGCCGGAGUCGCAGUGUGAGCCGUGAGCGUGGGGGAAGACGGUCUUCCCGCAGUCAUAGCUCGUCCUCUGAGCGAAGCAAACACGGGCGCAGACGAUCAUCCCACGACGCGGCAAAGAUGGCCGCAGCGGCUGGAGCCGGAGCCAUUGCUGCGACCGAGUAUGAAAAGCGUAAACAGGAGAAGCGGGAACGGAAAGCAAGGAGGCGCCGUGAGGAAGAGGGAUAUGCUGGUGAUCCCUACGAGGACAACUACCACCCUUCGCAACCGUACCCUCCGACGCCGCCACCGCCCGUGAACGACCCGUAUGCUGCUCAGCAAGGCUUCUAUCCGCAAACAAGCCAGUUCCCCCCGCCUCCUGGGUCUGUACCACAGCAAUACCCUCCACAGCAGCCACCACCGACAGCCGGGCCCGCCGCUGGGACAUCUUAUCCCACGCAGCCUUAUCCUCCCCCUCCACCCGCAGGCGGUCCUCCGCCAACCACCAAUCCUUACGACGCAUAUGGUUCCGGUGCCAACCCUUAUCCACCACGUGGGCCUGAAAAUGUGAGUGAUGAACCGAGUUCUACAUUUGGCUAUUCUUCUAUACCUGCCACUUCCAAUGACCAGAACCAUGUCGAUGGUCUAACUGCGACUGCCGCCCCUCCGCCGCCACCGCUUCUCAAUGCUCACCCAGCUUCGACUUCGGGCCUAGCACCCCAUCCACCUCCUGAGUCAAAUUCUGUUCCCAUGGGACGAUCUGUUCCUUCUGCGGCAAGAGCCGUUUCUCCGCCACGCUCGCAAUCUCAACCUCCUCCGUCAUCUCGCCGCAAGAGUGUACAAUUUGCCGAUAAGCCUGAGAUAUCAGCCGAGUCCGAUACUGUAGCCACGGAAUCCGAGAUUUCGAGUCCUGAACGUCACCACCGCCGUCACAGGUAUCCUAAUUCCCGAGGCUAUGAAUCCGAAGAUGAUACGGACUCGACACCCGUAGAGACCCGCCGAGGACGCCGAGGACAAUCUUCUCGGGUGGCUGAUCUUGAUUCCACCAGCGGAGGCCAAGAUAAGCGAAGAAACCAUCGGCGACGUCAGCCUCAUGAGACUACUUCUUCGCGCAUCACACCGCGGGCACCUCCCCUCGACCGUGUCACAAGCCCCUCUGACUCCGAUGCCACAGUAGAGCUACCACCAAGGUUUGAUGAACAAGGACGCCGAAAACCAGAACCUGGGAGCGAUCCUCUUGCCGAUCGGUUGGACGAGAUUCUUGCCGGGAAAGGAACCACGGGAAAGUUGUUUGGGAACUUUUUGGAUGGGUUAUUUGGACCAGAAGGUAGAAAGAAGAGGAGUAGAUGA